GGGGGGGGGGGGGGGCAAGAUGGAGGCUGGGGGUGUGGCCUUGACCAACUGCCACUUUGCUUGUUUGAAAGCCAUGAUAUCUCUCUCUCAUGGGUGGGCAGAAUUCUCUGGGUGGGCAAAGCAGAGAAAGGGGCGGUAACCUUACCCCUUAUGACCUCAUAAGGAGCAAGAUUCGAGAUUGGCCCAUCUGAGCUUUCAUUUUCUCUAAGGCAGAGCAGGAUACCCAGGGCUCGGUUUACACCUAUCACCAUUUCUAGCCACUGGGGGACCACAGGCAGGCUGGGGGAACUCAUAUUAAUGUUAAAAAACCUCAUAAAGUAAACGCCAUGGGACCUUUAACCUAAAUGAUCUCUUUAGUGACUUUGAUGAAUUACAAACCCAAAAUGUAAACAUCUAAUAUGAAAAGAAAUGAGAAUCUUUUCGAUGCACUUCAAACCUAAGAUCAUAGUGACAGAUCAUUUCUGCCCCUAGCUUUCAUUUUGCUUGGCUAAAUGAAAUGUUUUGUAUUUGCAUGCAACGUUUUAACGAAAAAAUAUAUAUGAUAAUUACUUCUUACAUACCUUUUAAUAAUAUUGUACAGGUGUUUUCCAUCAUGGUGUCUACAACAUAUAUCCAGCCUGUGUGGGCUUACAGGAUGACAAACAUUUAAAGAAUAUUACAAAAAGUCCAGAAAUAAAGAAAUCUACUACCUCAUCCUGUGGGCACCCAUGGCUGACUGCUGUAUGGACAGAUAAUAAAUGAUACAAACACAGUUGUAAAAACAUAAAACAUGAUGUAAUUGUUGACAAAUCCUGAACAUUAAUAAACAGAAGAGUCUUAUUUCAUUAUAACUGUUCAUUAUUAAUUAUUUUAUCAUUUAUGAGCUUGUUUAUAUACCAACAUUCAGUUAAGGCGGUGGAGUUGUGGCCAAAUUAAUAAACAACUAAAAUGUUGAUUAUAGUUUGUCAUAGAGUAGAUUAUUUAUUAAACGUGUUUCACGCUGCUUAUGGAGAUUAAAAUAAAGUGUAACCGAAAUACAAUGAGAAGUUUUUAGGCUGGAAGUCAUUGAUUUAGAAAUAAAUAUUAUAUAGGCUAUUAUAAAUCCUCUAAUAAGCGCUUCCCCUUUAUGAACCAUUUAUGUAACCCAAAAUUACCGGUUUCACUUGAAUGCAUCUGUGAUUCAUAAUGCUAAAAAAAAAAAGAAACGUGAAAAAACACGCACGUGCGCAACUGAUCUCCAUAAAGCCCUCAGAUGACAGGGUACUUAAAGGUGUCCGCGAGGUGACGAUGGCACACAUCCAGUUGGCUCCGGGCCCUCCGGGAAGCCCCCAGCAGAGACCCCACGGCCCGCAGAUGAAGACGGAGAACGGGGUGCAGACGGCCGGCUUCAGCGGCAGGAAGCAGAGCCUGAUCGAGGACGCCCGCAGGGAGCGCAGCAGCAGCUCGGCGGGCUCCCCGGGGCCCUCCCGGUACGGAGACGGCUUCGUGUUCGAGGAGAAGGACGGCAGGGUCACGCUGAACGUCCUCUUCUCUCUCAGCAAUGAGAAAAACGCCGGAUUCUUCAAAACUGGGAAAAUAUUUGAGACGUUUGAAGCGAAACUUCUCCACAUCGAAAGCCGACCGGGGAGGAAGUUAAAGAACAGCGCGACGGACCUGGAGCUGUUCAUGAAGUGUGAGGUUCACAGCUCUGACCUGGACGCUUUCACCAACUCACUGAAGAGAGUGGUGGACGACGUCCGCUCCCUACCAGAGGAAAAAGUUCCGUGGUUUCCCCAACAGAUAAAAGACCUCGACAGAUGCAACAUGUUAAUAACCAAAUUUGAUCCGGACAUGGACCAGGACCAUCCAGGAUACAGCGAUUCAGAAUACAGAAAAAGACGGGCUUACAUCUGUGAGCUAGCCUCCACUUACAAACAGGGGGACCCGUUGCCCAUUGUGGAGUACACAGCAGAGGAAGUGUUCACAUGGAGGGAGGUUUACCGGCAGCUGCGGAGUAUUUACCCCGGUCUGGCCUGCAGGCAGUUCAUGGACGGGCUGCAGCAGCUGGAGAAAGAGUGUGGCUACGGAGAGGACCGCAUCCCUCAGCUCAGAGAGGUCUCUGCCUUCCUGAAAGAGAAAACUGGUUUCCAGCUGCGUCCGGUGGCCGGCCUGCUGUCAGCCAGGGACUUCCUGACCAGUUUGGCCUUCCGGGUGUUUCAGUGCACACAGUACAUCCGUCACUCCUCAGCGCCCAUGCACUCCCCUGAGCCGGACUGCUGCCAUGAACUACUCGGCCAUAUUCCCAUGCUGGCAGAUAAAGAAUUCGCCCAGUUUUCACAGGAGAUUGGACUUGCCUCGCUCGGAGCUUCAGAUGAAGACAUCCAGAAACUGUCAACGUUAUAUUGGUUCACUGUGGAGUUUGGUCUCUGCAAGCAGAACGGAACGGUGAAAGCUUACGGCGCCGGGCUCCUGUCAUCUUACGGGGAGCUUGUUUACGCUCUGUCUAACGAGCCGGAGUACAAGCCGUUUAACCCGGAGGAGACAGCAGUGCAGCCGUACCAGGACCAAACAUACCAGCCUGUUUACUUUGUGUCUGAAAGCUUUGAGGAUGCAAAGACUAAGAUGAGGAGAUACUCUGCAACCAUCAAACGCCCCUUUGCACUUCGCUACGACCCCUUUACCUGCAGCGUGGAGGUUCUGGAUCAGCCCGGCAAGAUCCAAAACGCUCUGAGCCAGAUGAGAGAAGAACUGAAGACCCUUCACGGCGCCUUGGAGACAUUCAGCUCAUCUUAGGACCGGGAACAGAUAUUUCUGCAGAGAGAGAGAGAGAGAGAAAAGGAUGAACAUUUGAACAUUGUAUAAGAGAUCUACUAAUAUGACCACAAAGGGAAUCCAAAUGUAGUCCGGUUUGUGAGGUUCCGCAUGGCUAAUGGUUUGUGUGUAUAAUUUAUUAUGUAAAAACAAAAUAAAUGUUUAUUUUCAUGAAAAAGUCUCAAAACAUUUCAGAGAAACAGAAAAUGAUUAAGAUACUUUACUGCAGUAAAAUCUUACUUAAGUACAGGUAUGUAAGUACUAUCAGCGAUAAAUGUUCCCUGUCAAUGAUAUAUUAUAUAAUAUCUAAAGUUUCUGGAUUAAUAUUACUGC